AUGGUGGUGCCCUUCUUCAUAUACACGGAGCGCGCGCUCUGCCACGCAUGGCUGCGGCAGUGCGACGGCUUCGAUUCUCUGGCACACUCCGUCAACGACGCCAACCUGGCCGAGGUGGGGCUUUACGAGGCGCUUCGCCAUCACCCCUGGCGGGUUCGCGACGCGUCCGACGCGCAAGUCUUCUAUGUCCCCGUGUUUGAGUUCACGUCACACACUCUGGGAGAGUGCAAUGGCAGCUCUCACGAGGCACGGAUGAGCGACCUCCACCGAGCGCUCCUCUCCUCUCCCCACUACCAGCGCUCUGGCGGGCUAGACCACAUCUUUGCCAGCACGGCAUGGUCAGCGCCUUGGCUGACCAUGUCGGCUCGGAUGGGCGACGCGGCUCGCGCGCUGACAUGCGCCACCACCGGCCGAUAUAAGCGGUUUCCGACAGGCUCGUACAAGCGAGUCAGCGUGGUCGGCCGCUGCUCGCUAGAGAUGCCGUACCAGGCGUCGCUGGCGGCCACGUUGCAAUACAACAAGGACUGGACCAGACCGCCGUCGGCCAAAAAUCUGCGCAAGCUCGACAGCGUGCUGCGUGCGCAGUCCAAGAUGCUGCCGGCAUCGCACGGGCCGACGGUGGAGGGCUCCUUCGUCGAGGCUUCCACCGUCGGAAGCCUCCUGGCGGGCGACGCCGAUGGCGCCAACCUCCUCGCCAAGCAGGCGUUCCGGCGUAUCCUCGGCCGCCGCCGCACGAUGGUUCAGUUCUCGGGUGCGCUCGACGUCUGCUGCACCGGUCGCGCUAUCCGGUGCGCGGUCGGCAAGCUCAUGGAGGCAUGGCAUGACGUGUCGGACGUCGUGAUGCGGCCGUCCCUGCCGACCAACCGAUCCACCUGGGGCCGCUGCACCCGCGGCACUAUGGAGCGUCUCGCGCUGCUGAAGAACGCAUCGACACACGACCUAGUCGAGCUGGCAGGUUCGACGGGCAGCUUAACGCCGAUGGGGCGAGGCGCGAGGCGGAGGCGCCGGCUGGACCGGCGGCGGUCGGCUCGGGGCGGCAAGGCGAACGCGGGACCUGAGGCGGAGGGCCAAAAGGGCGGGCCCAACAUGUGGAGGUACGCGUCGGUCGACAACAGCAAGGUGGAGCAGGCGGCAGUGGAGAUGGCGGAGAGCGUCUUCUGCCUAGCUCCCGCCGGGGACAACUGCGUCUCGGCACGCUUCUACUCGGCGAUCGCCGCCGGUUGCAUACCGGUCGCCAUCUGCGACGGCCUCAGGGGCGCCUUUGCGAACACCGUGCCAUACGACGACUUUGUCGUACGCGUCAAGGCACGCGACUUUGUCAAGAACCCCGCCACUGCACUCGCUGUCCUGCGAGAGAUGCCAGGGGAGGAGCUCCUGCGCCGGCAGCGCGCCUUGCAGGCGCACCGCGCCGACGUGCUGUACGACGUGCCGAGAACGCGCGUGGGCUCGCACUUUUUGCGCGAAGUGGUCGAGCAUUGCAUGAGUGGGAGCAACAAUGAGAGCCUGCGGUCGCACGCGCCUACGGUCGAGCACUGUGUGCGGAAGGCAGGAAUAGAGCUGUAA